AUGCAGAACCUUCUCGGCGCUCUGGCCGGAAAAUGCCCGUCCCUCACAUCGCUGCACCUGCGCAAAGUAGGCGCGCGGGACCAAUUCGACUUCACCCCCGCCUGCUCCAGCAAAGAAAACGACAUCUACGCCGAAUGGGCCAUCUUCCUCGCCUCAGUGAAACCGACCCUGCAGUCCUUGACCUUUGAGCAAGGCGAGCGCCUGCUGCGCCGGGCCGACUGGGUACAGCCGCCCGUGCGGCCCAUGGAUGCGCUUUUCGGGGCUAGGAUUUUUCCGGUACUGGCGCGGGCAGGACGGUGGCCGGGGAUGAAGAAGGUGGUGGUUCGGGGUGUGCAAAUGUGGGAGGAGGAUGAUGGACAGGGAACUGGGGAGGUGGCGCUCGUGGAUGGGAGAGGAGAUUUGAGGAGUGCGUUUGGGUAUGGAGUGAGGGUUGUGAUGAAGAGGCGGGCGAGGGAAGCGGAUCAUUUGGGUAUGGGGUAUGGCUGA